ACAGUGCCCCACUUGCGAAUUUCACAAUCAUCAUACUCCAAAAAAGGUUGAAGUUAAGAAAAAAGAGAAAAAGCAAGAGAAUUGGUUUGGUGGCACUUGAUCUUCCGUGGUGAAAUGAAAUGCUGAAGCUCUUUAGGGCCUAUCAGUGCUUCCUUGGCUUCUUCCUCGUCAUCUCUAUCGUUGUAUCCGUAUUCACAGGUAAUUCUUGACAUGCUGUUCAGAUUUCGAUUGCUAUUGUAACAUGAUGACAUUUUUCACUUUGGACUGAGCUCAUUUUACUGGAAGAUUAUUGUACAUGAUGGUUACCUGUCUGAUUGAUAUGGAAUCCAAAUUUUUGCUUUAUACUUGCUUAAAGACUGGCUGUUAACUAAAACUAUGUGUGAUACUGGCUUCUCAUAAAUCUGAAGAGUUUUUCUUGGUCUCCGUUCAUGCUAUUCAUAAAGAUCAUUAUCUAGAAAAAGAUGGCGGCUGAGCUAGUCAAUGGUGCAACAAGCGAGAAGCUGGCUGAAACUGAUUGGACAAAAAAUAUUGAAAUUUGUGAGCUAGUUGCUCAUGAUAAAAGGGAAGCAAGAGAUGUUGUUAAAGCUAUAAAAAAGAGACUAGGAAGCAAACACUCCAAUACUCAACUCUUUGCUGUCAUGUUGCUGGAAAUGUUGAUGAACAAUAUUGGAGAGCAUAUUCAUGAGCAGGUGAUUGAUACUGGAAUUAUUCCUAUUCUAGUAAAAAUUGUGAAGAAAAAGUCUGAUUUGCCUGUGAGGGAGCGGAUAUUUCUCCUACUAGAUGCCACACAAACAUCCCUUGGUGGUGCAUCUGGAAAGUUUCCACAGUAUUAUAAUGCAUAUUAUGAUUUGGUGAGUGCUGGAGUGCAGUUUGCUCAAAGGGAUCAAGUGGUCCAAUCAAAUAAUCCUAGUUCACAACCUAGUAGGACUAGUAAUGUACCAAACAGAGAGCAAGCCUCACCUAAACAUGAAGCAGUUGCUCAGCCAGCAGAGUCCCAGACUGUCCCUGAAUCUAGCAUUAUUCAAAAGGCUGGCAAUGCAUUAGAAGUACUAAAAGAGGUCCUUGAUGUUGUUGAUGCUCAAAAUCCUCAGGGAGCAAGGGAUGAAUUCACCCUUGACCUUGUAGAACAAUGUUCUUUUCAAAAACAAAGGGUUAUGCAUCUUGUGAUGGCUUCCCGAGAUGAAAGGAUAGUUUCUCGAGCAAUUGAAUUGAAUGAGCAACUUCAGAAAGUUCUUGCAAGACAUGAUGACCUUCUUGCUGGCAGAGCUACAACAACUGCCAGUCGAUUUGACCAUGAAGAAGCAGAGGAGGAAGAGGAGCCUGAACAGUUAGUCCGAAGAUUACGCAAGGGAAAGGCUUGUGCAAGGCCUGAACACGAGGAGACUGAAACUGACAUCCCUUGCUUGGGUUUGCUUGGAGAGAGACUCAAUCGUCCUCUAAUACGACCACUCUCGAUAGAACCUCCAACUCGAGAAGCUGAUACUCGAUCUCCACCUGUUGUGAUCCCACCAUCUCGAGAAGCUGAUACCCGAUCUCCACCUGCUGUGAUUCCACCUCCACGGCCAAAACAGAAUGGGCAGGUUCCUCACCCUGUAGCAAUUCCACCACCACCUGCAAAACACAUUGAGAGGGAGAGGUUUUUUCUGGAAAACAAGGAUGGUUCUAAUUUGUCUGGCCACAUGAGGGGCCUCUCUUUACAUAGUCGUAACGGCAGCAGCUCUCGCAGUGGAAGCUUUGAUUUUAGUGACUGAUCUCUUGACAACAGGAUCUCUUUUAGCUUUUCUUUUCAUUUCUGUCUAAAUUUGGAGUUGGUAUUAUUUAAGCUGUGAGGAAUUGGUGAUUUCUCAUUUAGUCUUGGUAGUGUGGAGAUGGGAGAGAAGAAGUGAAGCCACAUCUGCUUCAGUUUAUAAAUUACUUGUAAUUAUGUUCUCAGAUUAUGUGCCAUGACCUGAGGUUUGUAAGUUUCAGUUGCAAAUGUUAUAACUGAUUAUGGUAUUUUUGUUUUCCUGAUUUCUUGAAACUACUGUUUUUGUUCUUA